AUGUCUGUUGGGUCUUGGGGGCUUACUUUUGUGGCAGGUUGUGUGGCUCCGCGCCCCCUGCUUCUGCUUCAAUGUCUGUUGGGUCUGGGGGUUACUUUAGUGGCGGUUGUGUGGCACCGUGCCCCCUGCUUCUGCUUCAAUCACUGGUCUUGGCUUGGCUUGCACUGGUCUUGGCUUGCGAUUGUUCUUGGUUUGUUGGCAGUUGUGUUGUACUGCGCCCCCUGCUUCUUUGUGGAUGUAUAUGGUACUGCGCCCCCUGCUUCUUUGUGUAUUCUCUUCGAGCGUGAGGCUUUGUAUGCCAAAAUGACGCGAAUUCUUGCUAGUGGAAAAAAUCACGUGACCCUGUGCCGGUGGAAAAUGAACUCAACACCAAUGUUCUCAGUGCGAACUGCAAGUGUAAAAUCUACAGAGAUCAUGUAA